CAGCUGUAUUAGUCUCCGUACAAGACGGUAGACAAACGGAGAGAGAGAUUGAUCAGAGUUUUAAGAGUAAACUGCGCGUUCAGCUCUGGAGUACCGACUGCGACUUGUCUGUACCAUUAAAGGGUGGACUUCAGAUAUUUCCAAAUCUGAACUGCCAACAUCCAUGUUGGAUCCGGAAACGGAAAUGGUAAGAAAUCUACACAAUAUCUCACGCGACGUCACGAUGUCGUGAAUUCAGCUAGCGUGGCAUUUGGAUCUUUUUUUUUUAAUCACAAAUCUCCCGCCAAAACUUUAAUGGCGUCACGCAUCCGCAGACGUGUCAAUUGACGUCCAAGAUGGAUGACGUUCCCCGGGCAGAUGCACCAAAGACAAACAGUGUGUAUGGCUCAUGCUGCAAUUUCUCGUCGGAGAACUGAAAAACAAAAGGACGUGUUGCCAUAAUCUCUUGGAAGACUCUUCGUAAAUCUAGGAUCUUAUUUUUCCCACCGACUAAUUAUAAAAGCACCUUGGAAAUGACUCCCUUGGUGAAGAGAUGGCAAACAGUGCUAAUAUUGUGCAGUAUGCUCCCUGCUGAUAUGCCAUGUGUGUCUGCGUCUCAACCACUAAAAGUUGGACUUGUGUAGGUAGCGUACAUUGCUCGACAGCCUUCAAAGUGCACAUUAUAUCCUUGGUACAUACACCGAACAAGGCAACUCCGGUCUGUAAAAUCUUUCGUAAUGGUCGGAGGAGGUCGCAUUAUUUAUGCAUCGCUGGUGUACUCCGUAUGGGCUGUUUAUCCAAUCAAAAAAAGGUACUGGAUGACGCCAGUGUUGGUUCGGCCAAUCGGAUUAUUUUCGACAGUUGUCAGGACAUUUUGCUGAAACUUUAGGUAUAUUAGGCGUACCGAAGUACAGAGGAAUUUCUAGGCUGGCAAAGAGAACCUUUAUAUGGUAUAGUAGUUUUUAUAAGCAAGAGGCUUGUUUGAAAGUGUUGUUUCCUUUGUUUUAUAUCCUUAUAGAGUGUUUCAUUUUGUAUUUUAACAUUGCGAUUUGACAAUCAAGCAGGUGGAGUUUUGUGUACGCUAAGCAAGUAUUGUUGGGCGUAGUCUGAGGCUUUUGUUAAAAUUUAUACAAAACCUACUAAAUUUCGAAAGGUGCCAAGCAGAUCCACCCCUUUAGCGGUAAACGAAAUGCCAAAUGUAUAUCGAAAAUAUAUAUAUAACUCGUGGAGGGAAAAAAAAUGUGCUUGGUAAACUUUAGUGGAACAACGCGAAAAGAGUGGUGAGAGUGUUAAAAAAAGGCGCGCAUUUUGAUUCUGGAAGUAAGGUAAUUGCUGGACGCAGAUUUCUUUUCCAAAAGGUGUCCCACAAAAACAAGGCUGAAAGUAAAUACAGUACUGCCGUCAUUGCUUUAAUAUUUUCUUCCUCUAAUUGGACAAGAAGGCUUGAACGUAAAAGCUUAGGAACCGCUGAUUUUUAUUCAGCCAUUUUUUUUAACGGCUGUGUUGUGCACGUGCAAUGUUUCAGGUUGAAAUUGGUGGUUGUAAUGAGCCGAGUCUCACCUCGUCGUACUCACCACAAAACUGUUUUGAACGAUUUCUUUUGCUGUCUUUCAUUCGCGCCAAACAAAAAACAAAAAAACAAAAAACAAAAAAAGGGGUGAGGAUCUUCGGCUUAUAGUUAACUCCAGAUAAUUUUACCUGUUCCGAGUUCGAAUUAAUUUUUUUUUUCAAAAUACGCUGGCGCCCUGUCGGUCAAAUUUAAGAUUUGGAAAUUUACGCUGGUUACCGGUUCUUUUCAGUAAGUUACAUUCACCAGGUCUUUUUUAUUUCUGUGGGAAUGACAUAUAGCCAUCACAACUUUGGAAACUCUUCACUAAGGUCUGGACUUCAGCUGAUGCUGAUACGAAACGCCUCUACCAGACUCGUCCCCCGUCUUCUCGUUCGUGUUAAGUGUUGCCGUGUCGUAGAUUAGUAUCCUUUCCUUGCAACCAAUGGGUUUUAAGGAUGUCAAUGACGUGCGGCAGACGUAUGCCACGUCACUGCAUACGUCAGUGAUUUGCAUAAUACCCAGGUUUGGUUGAUUGUGACUAGAGAUGAACGGAGCUUUUCUGUGGCGGCUUCUGAUGAACUUAAAGGCAUUACCUUAAGAGUUUAACCAAUUAAUUGACAUGAAAGUGGCACGUAUCCUCUUGGUACCAUACCUUGUUUCGAUAACGGCAAUGACCUACCUUGCUUAAAUCUCAAUGGGUAAAAUGUGUUCGAAAGCAACUCAGCGUUUUUACCAAAACAUGGUGCAACGACUUUUUGUUUGGUUUUACGUAGGAUUUUAAGUGUUUGCUUUUAUAAUUGCUCUUUAAUUAAAGAGCUGUUAUUUAUCCCACCAAUUAACAAAGUUUUUAAGCUGUCUUCAGGUGACUUCUCGUUUGCCAAAUUGUUGCUUCCUACUUCUUGGUAAGAGCAGUAGGUUACUGUAAAGUCUUGUCAUAGGCGUAUUUUGUUUUUUAAAUCAUUUGUGCAACUGAUAGGUUUCCAGGGACCAUUGCCGCCAAAUGAAGUCGCUAGGGGGCGCUCUGGCUAUUAAACAAAUUCAAUGAGGUGUCAUGGCGGAUUUCGUUUUUUUUUCGUUAGCCGUGUGUAACUAGAGACACUGUUAUCAUCCGUCUUUAUCAGAGAAAUUGUAGAGAGAGGGUUCUACGGCUUAUCAACAUGGCGACUUCCAGUUCAGGGACACAACGUGCGCUCGAACUAUUGAGAAAUUUACCUCGUGUUGCAUUAAACAACAUCAGAGACAACCCUGGCGCAAGGACAAAGCACAAAGUACGAGGUCGUGGCCAGCAUGGAGGUGAUUCUAGUGGGCGUGGCAAAUCAGGACAAGGGAUGAGGGGAACGAAACCACGGAUUGGAUUUGAAGGCGGCCAAACACCCUUCUACUUGAGAAUACCAAAAUAUCCGUACUACAAGGGUCAUCGCCUGAAGCGAGAGUACCUGCCGGUGUCCUUGAACAAGAUCCAGCACCUGAUUGACCUGGGCAGACUCGACCCGGAGGAGCCCAUCGAUGUGAACUCCCUGGUCAACGCAGGAGAGGUCAACAUUGACAUCUACAAGAAGCAGUACGGCGUCCAUCUUACUGAAGAGGGAGCUGAUACUUUCCAGGCCCAAUUGAACAUCGAGGUCCAGUGGGCAACUGAGCUGACGAUCGCAGCCGUCGAACGCAACGGGGGCGUCAUCAGCCUUGGAUUCUACGACCUCCAAAGCCUGGAUGCCCUGGCGCACUCGUUACACUUCUUCAACCAAGGCAAGCCCAUUCCCAAACGGGCACUGCCGCCGAAGGACAUUGUGCCUUUCUACACCAGCGCUGAGAACCGCGGGUACUUGGCGGACCCGGACAACAUCCGUCGGGAGCGGGCCGCGCUGGCCGAAAAGUUUGGCUACGCGCUGCCGGACUUGUCCUCUGACCCCAGGCGGGGAAUGCUGGGAAUGAGAAAGGAUCCCCGGCAGAUAUUCUUUGGCCUGCAGCCGGGAUGGAUCGUCAAUUUGACCGAUAGGACUGUGCUGAAACCCAUCGACGAGAAACUUGUUGAAUAUUACCAGUCGUAGAAACUAACACUUGUUAACACAACACUGUUGAUAUCUGCCAUCACAUGUAAAAACCAAAAACAAUAUCAGUAUCUCUCCAAAAUCAGAGAAAUGUUAACAAAUUUUGUCCAAUAACUGGAGACAAUUUCGUCACAGAACGAAACAGCCUGUGAACUUGUUAGAAUCACAGUAUAGUACACGCAGGCAUUGAUAUACCGCUGACUUUUUCAAAAAUCUCUCUCAAACUAUCUGUGGGUUCCCAAGUGGCAAACAUUACGGAGGAGUGCUUUGGUAUCAACAAUAAUUAAAGAACUUUCCACACGUUUAUGAAAAGCAACAAUGUCAAUUUACUGCUUUAUUGAAUAAAUUGCAUCGAUUUCUCAAUGAGAAGCACUUGUGUAAUGUUAUUUCUUGUCCUAAUCGAGCACACGUGUAGAACUCGGCAUCAUGCUAGAAACUUAAACCUUCAUGAUAAUGAUGCAUAUUAAACUGUGACGGAAUAAAUGUGAAAUUGUGCAUUUAAUAUUA